GCUCAUGUGUGCGCGCUUGUGCGAGACCGUGAGACAUGGGCACCACGUUCUCUGGCACAAGAAUUUCCUUCUGGAUAAAAAAAGUUCUACUGAACUGGUCUCCACACCGGCUCCAGGUUCAAAAAGUCAGUUUCGUCAAGGUCUUCGAAUCACUCUUAGUCUGGUCCAUCCCUUGGGACCACUUUGCAUUGGGAGAACACAGCUCCCAGGUUCACAGGGACACGAAAACCCCUCCAUCACGUUAAGGUGGCGAUUCUCGGAGCAGGGUGGCGAUUCUCACCUCUCGCUGGGGGUGUUUCGGGCAUGUCCCACUGGUAGGAGGCCCCGGGGCAGACCCAGAACACGCUGGAGGGAUUAUAUAUGUCAUCUGGAACACCUUGGGGUCCCCCAGGAGGAGCUGGAAAGUGUUGCUGGGGAGAGGGACGUCUGGGGUGCUUUGCUCGGCCUGCUGCCCCUGUGACCUGGCCUCAGAUAAGCGGAGGAGAAUGGAUAGAUGGCAGAAAUAUGUGCCACAAAAAUGUCUACUACAUUGAGUUUUGGCCUUUAAUAAGCUGUAACGGGACAGUUCAAGCUCAAUCCAGCUCCAAUAACCAACGGAUAUGAAGUAAAAUAACUUUUUAUUUUGUCUAGAAAUAUCAUAAUUUAAUUUAUAUCUUUACAGAAGUGUCCAGAACUCACAUACUGAACAUGAGACUGUAUUCCUUUGAGAGGUGAAUAUUGGUGCUGUACCUCGGCUGCGUCUCAUCCAAUCAGCUGCACCUGCGUCUGUGCGUAAGGGUGCACGUGAUGUUGCUUUGAAACCUGACGGUGUUUCCCUCCCAUUUUCCUCUGACACACUACUUCACUUUGUUUAAUUAAUGCCACGUUAUUAACACAUGAUCAUCCACGCUUUCCUCCCUGUUCUUGAUAAUAAUUCAUAAUUCGUGCAUAAUAAUGAGGUGUGGGAGUCGUGUUUUCAUGCAGUCUGGCUGCUCAUAGCCUCAAAGCAACAUUAAGUUAGAGUUAGUCGCUCCUCACCGAGUCAUCAGCGCUGCAGGCUGCAUGAGAGGCGGAUAAUGCGCCGUGCCAGCAUCUGGAUCCGACCGAGAGUUAACUCAACUACUUAUCUUGUGGAUUAAUAUUUAACUUACCUUCAUAUUGUAUUUGUAAAGCACACCUGGUGGAGAUUUUAAUAUCUAGAUUUUCUAUUUACUUUUUAUUGUCGAAGUCAGAGUAGAGCAGCAGGAGAAGAGGAGGACCGGAGCCGCCGCAGGCCAAAAUACAACCAUAAAAGCUGAUGACAGAAGAGGGCUGAGAGUCUGAACGUUUGUGAAGAAACUGUUGCUUCCUUAUUAUUAUUGUCUGGAUGGAUCCUGGACACCUGUGCAGAGACCACACCUCUCUGCAACCGAUGAACCAAACAGAGGACUUCAUCCUGCACCAAUGGGCAAUCACCUGGAUUACCGUCACUCUCCGGUACCCUUACUGUCUGACGUUAUACCUGGAGUAGGAGCGGAUUUACCCUCUCAAAAGAUUGGAACCCUUUCCCAAUCAAAGUCACAUCACAAAGAUGAAUUCAAAAGUGAGGAUGCUCAUUUUCGUCCUGUGUGUGACUGGUGUCUGUGUGUUCUGGAGGGAAUACAUGUCACCGUACUCCCUGUCUAAACAAAAACCCUGCGCUUGUGACCAAUGCUUAUCUGAGGAGGACCCGUGGUUCACACAGCGUUUCGACAAAUCUGUUGAACCAUUUCUGUCAGCGAACUACAGCGUCUCAGAGGAGGUUUUCAACUGGUGGAAGCUUUUACAGGCUGAAAGGCGCAACUUCAGUACCUACAGAAAAACAGUCGAUAGGCUGUUUCAGAUCUUCCCACCUGCUCCAGAUGUUGUAAAAUCCAAGCCUGACCGCUGCAGGACUUGUGCUGUGGUGGGGAAUUCUGGUAAUUUAAGGAGAUCACAUUAUGGACUUCUCAUAGACUACCACGACAUCAUCAUACGAAUGAACUCUGCCCAUACCAAAGGCUUUGAAGCAGACAUUGGGAGCAGAACAACUCAUCGCAUCAUGUAUCCAGAGAGUGCUGUGGAUUUAGACAACACCACUCAUCUGGUGCUUGUUCCAUUCAAGAUACAGGAUCUGGAGUGGGCCACGAAGGCCUUAACUACAGGAUUUUCGGGACGAUCAUAUGCACCAGUGAAAUCCAAAAUCAAGGCUAACAAGGAUUUGGUGAUGGUGGUCAAUCCAGCUUUCAUGAGGUAUGUUCAUGACAUGUGGCUGGCAAAGAAGGGCAGGUAUCCAUCCACUGGCUUUAUGGCUGUGGUUCUUGCUCUGCAUAUUUGUGACGAGGUAAGUGUGUUCGGUUAUGGAGCAGACAGUGAUGGAAACUGGAGUCAUUACUGGGAAAAACUCAAAUACAAAAAUUUAAAAACUGGCAUUCAUCCCGGAAGUCACGAGUAUGGAAUUAUCGAGGAGCUAGCUGAGCAAGGAAAAGUCAGAUUUUAUAAAGGGUGGUGAUCUACCGCUCAGGGUUUAAGACAUCAAAGCCUCGAAAGUGAAUCAUUUACAAAGCAAAACAAGACUAAGAAGGGUAAGCCUUAAAACUCAGGAGACAUCUCUUCUCUGGCUGCACACAAGAACCCUUCAUAGACUACAUGUGUGAUGAAUGUGACUGAUCCUGUUGACGGUGUUUUGUGCUGAGAUGUUUUAACUGUUUAUUUAUUCUCACUUUGUGAUGCUGGACACUGAAAUGCACAACAUAAAUCAACAGGUUCUUCAGGCCAAAAAAUCCUUGAAUUGAAAUUUAAACAUGGUAGCAUGUUUCAGUGCAUAGAGCACUGUGUUUUUUUCUUGCAAUGGCAGCUCCUACAGGGGAGUGUAUCAGGGGGCAUGAACCCCCUGAUGCAGUUGCUUGCUACCCCACUGGCUUCCCCGUGGCAAUAAUGAUUGGAGACCACCGUUAGUGUCUUUAAGAGCCUGUUGUGCACUUAAGCUAACAUUAAGGUGGUGAGACAGUCUGAGGCACCAAGGAUGUCAUGCUAGCUUGUCAGGAAGGGGGCUAAAUAAUGCUCCAAAGUUUGGCUAAAUUUUGGGAAUGACUUGCACGUCCAUUUUCAAAGGAAUCCCCCUAGCUCUCAUCUCAAGAUCUCUCAACCUGCUCUCAUCCCAACUCGUCAAAUGUCGCAACUUAGUCAGUGAACUUUCAUGUUUACAUAUGAUGCACUAGGUAUCCUCCUACAUGUGUCUUUUCAAAAUACACUUCUGUUUUCACAGGAAAUGUAGAAUAUUUGCUUGUUAGCUGCCUACAGUCUUUUUCAAAAUAAACUUACAGCGUCGGUAAAAGGGAUAGUGCACACA